AAUAUCCAAUUCAGUCGUGAAGACGACGUUUGAUCUCGGAAGUGUAUCAAAAGAGAAAAUAUCAAGAUUAGUCAACUUAAGGGAAACCCAAGGGAUAAUCCUAGAAACAUCAAUGCUUCAUUCCGCGCUACAUUAUCGUUUUCUUGGCUUUUUCGAUCUUUCUAAACAGAAACCACUUUCCCUUUCAACUUCGAAUCGAUUCCGAUGGAGUUUUGAUCAAAAAGACUUAAUCUUUGUGAAUCUUUGACGGCUCUUCUCUUCUUCUGAUCAUAGCAAAGGACACGAUGGAGUCUUCGUUAAUUCAUCAUAUUAUCAUUGUGUUGUUGUUACUCUGGUUCAUCUCUUCCUUGAAUCGAUCCCACGCCUUUUUCUAUUUCCUCGCUCUCAUUUAUCUCUACCUGGUUCACGAACGGUAUGUGAUGAGAUUGAAGAGAACAUUGCAGUUUGAAGAGAGGAAGCAAGCUAAUCAGAGACGGGUUCUAUCUGAUUCUGAAUCUGUGAGAUGGAUGAAUUAUGCUGUGGAGAAGAUAUGGCCUAUAUGCAUGGAACAGAUUGCCUCUCAGAAGAUUCUGGGUCCAAUAAUACCUUGGUUCUUGGAAAAAUAUAGACCUUGGACAGCGAAAAAAGCUGUGAUACAGCACCUUUACAUGGGAAGAAAUCCACCUCUGUUGACUCAUAUUAGGGUCCUUCGCCAAUCUACGGGUGAUGAUCACUUGGUAUUGGAACUUGGAAUGAAUUUUCUCGCAGCAGAUGAUAUGAGUGCAAUACUUGCUGUGAAAUUAAGGAAAAGGCUUGGUUUUGGGAUGUGGACAAAGUUGCAUUUGACGGGGAUGCACGUGGAAGGAAAGGUGCUAAUCGGAGUGAAGUUCCUUCGUCGGUGGCCUUUCUUGGGGCGUUUACGUGUGUGUUUUGCAGAGCCUCCAUAUUUCCAGAUGACUGUUAAACCAAUCUUCACUCACGGGCUUGAUGUUGCUGUACUUCCAGGUAUCGCAGGAUGGCUAGAUAAACUUCUUUCUAUCGCAUUUGAACAGACCCUUGUUCAGCCAAAUAUGCUUGUUGUUGACAUGGAGAAAUUUGUUAGCCAAACUCCAGAAAAUUGGUUCUUUGUUGAUGAGAAAGAACCAGUUGCACACGUCUUAGUUGAAGUCUUUGAAGCAUUAGAUGUUAAACCAUCUGAUCUAAAUGGUUUGGCUGACCCUUAUGUGAAAGGGAAACUUGGUGCUUACCGAUUCAAAACCAAGACACAGAAGAAAACAUUGUCCCCAAAAUGGCAAGAAGAGUUUAAGAUACCAAUCUUUACAUGGGACUCUCCAAGUAUACUUAACAUUGAAGUUCGAGACAAAGACCGAUUUGUGGAUGAUACCCUUGGUGAAUGUUCAGUGAAUAUUGGCGAGUUUAGAGGCGGCCAAAGAAACGAUAUGUGGUUACCUCUUCAGGACAUCAAAAUGGGAAGGCUGCAUCUUGCUAUAACUGUAAUCGAGGAAGACAUACAGACUUCUUUUGCUUCUGAUACUACAAAUUUAGGCUCUUUCUCGUCGGACAAAGCUCCAAGUGUUGUGGAUAACUUUGAGCCAAUAACCAUUGACGGGCAAGAAGAGACUGGAAUUUGGGUUCAAAAACCGGGAGCAGAAGUAUCACAGAUUUGGGAACCAAGAAAAGGUAAGAGUAGACGUCUUGAUAGCCAAAUACAAAGAAACCCUAAUGAUGGAUCACUCAACAGUGGAAGCAGCAGCACCGACGACAAUCAAGAGGGAUCAAAGAAUCCAAUGAAGUCGGUUGGUAGAGGAUUGAGAAAAAUCGGGUCAGUGUUUCACAGGCAUGGCAAAAAGGAAGAAUUUUUAAUAGGAAGCAUUGAAGAAGAGCAGUCUCAGUCUCCUCGGAUCAAUCUGAAGGCAGUAAACCAAAAGGAUGUUGGACUUAACUUCAUCGUUGAUGACAAUCUCUCGGGUCCACUUUCAGGCAAGAGUUUAGAUUGUGAGAGUUUGGAUGCAGAGGAACAUUCAGGUAAAGGCCAUAUGAAGGAUGUGGCAAAGAGCUUUCUAAAACAAGCUGAGAAAUCUGCAAAACAAUUUAAGCAUGCGUUUUCGCGUAAAGGAUCCAUGAAACCAAGAGAUGGGCAAAAAGAAAUUGUUCCUGAAUCUGAUUCUGGAUCUGAUUCUGAAUCUUCUGAUGAUGAUGAUUCCUUUACCUGUGUAAAGAACCUGGCAACAGAUACAGGAAAACUUACACGCGAUGGGAAUAUUGGUAGAACAGGAGAUGAAGAUCAUGUAGAUUCAACAACAUUAGCUAAUGCUAAGGAAGAUUCAAGUGGUGAUAUGGCAGAGAAUUCGACAGAUGUUGAAGCUAAAGAUGAGAAACUAGAGGAAGCAGCAGAGUCAGAAACUAGAGAUAUCCACACCGCCAUGAACAUCAGAACUGAAGAUGAGAAAGGAGAGACGCUUAAAAAUAUCCAAGAAGGGGAAGAAAAGGAAUCAUCUUCAAACUAAAAACGUAUAUCUUAUACACAUUCACGUUCAUGUAUAUGUUUACUAAAUUUGAAACUUGCGAAUCAAAUGGAGGUUCUUGAGCAUGUAUAAACCCUAAUUUUUUUUUUCUUGAUUUUUUUUUCUUCCUUUUCUGAUCUUUUACCACGGUGUUAAUGUUUUUUUUUUCCUCUCAAUUAAUCACAGCGUUUAUGAAA